UGCUGUCUUUCUUAAUCACUCCUGUUAUUUUUUUUCCCCCUCUGUGCCGCUGACAUCUGAGUCUCCACGUGAGGCGUUUUCUGUUCCUCGUUAUCCGGCCUUUAAAGCCUUUAUGAGUCUGACCUGUGAGCUGCACCGUGAAGGCGAACUGGAGAAAAGUUCACCGAAGUUUACAGAGAGUUUGAAGCCCAGAAGACGAGUCAAAGGAAAAGCAGAAGGAUCUGACUGGAAGAUUGAACUAAUCACCUGAGCAAACAUCUCCCACAGAGAGCCUUUGUGUUUUAAUCUGCAUCAGUGCAGUGAUGUGGAAAUACUUUUCUCUAAAGGAGAGACUUUUCCUGCAAAACUUUGAACAAGAUCCUGGAUUAUUUGUUGGAUUUUUGCUGUUUCUUUCCUUUUUUGGGGGGCAGUUUUGUACGUCAAACAGCCACAUCAACCGAUUAAAGGUCGGUGUCUGAACAAAACAAGGGGAUUGCCCUAAAACUAGAUGUCGACUGACAUGUUUAACCAGAACACCAAAAAAACCACAACCAUGAACUCUUUCUGUGCCUUUGUGAAUGAACUCACCUUUCACGCUCUAACCUUUGCCCCACUGUGAGCAUGUGUGCCUCAAAAAGGGUGUGUUUAAACAUGUGUAAAUGUGAAGGUUCAGGCAGUACAGAACCGGUUGUUCCUGCAGCCUCACUGAGGACCUGCGGCUCAAAACCCCCCCGACAUCUGGAAUUGCAUGCAGCCAUAAGCAGAAAAUGUCCCCCGCCGUCUCUGGGUUGCUGACAGUCCUGGGCUUUCUGCUGCUUCUGCUCGGAGGAUCCCCUUGCAGCAGCAGCAAGAUUCUUGUCGUUCCUGUUGAUGGCAGCCAUUGGGUCAACAUGAAGGUGAUCCUGGAAGAGCUUCACUCCAGAGGCCACGAGCUCACAGUCUUGCGCUCCGCUAAGAGUUGGUACAUCUCCAGCAACUCCUCUUUUUACACCUCCAUCAAUGUGCCUAUGCUGGAGGAUGAGGCAGACAGAGAGUUCUACCAUAAAAUGAUCCAGGACGUCUUGGAUUGUCGCAGACACCCAAGUUUUAUACGGACAUUUUGCCAACAGGAAGUGAUGACAUUUGCAUUUUCAAACGGCCACAGGAUUCUGGCAAGAGCUGCCACAACUAUUAUAGAAGAUCAAGCUCUCAUGAAAAAGAUCAGAGAUACAGAGUUUGACCUGAUGUUAACAGACCCUGCUCUGCCUUUAGGAGUUGUUCUGGGAGGUUACUUGAAGUUACCAAUGGUGUUUAACGUGCGAUGGAUUAACUUGGGGGAGGGCCAUUUGACCAUAGCCCCCUCUCCUCUAUCCUAUGUUCCGAUCUCAGGAACUGAGCUACAUGAUAAAAUGGAUUUUCUAGAUAGGGUCAAGAAUAUGUUGCACUACCUCCAUACUGUAGUUGAGCAACAUUUUAUCGUUAACCCCGCUUAUUCAGAUCUUUUUAGGCGCUACUUCCCACCUGGAACAGACUUGCUGUCUCUACAGUAUUCAGCAGAAAUCUGGUUGCUGCGGGCAGACUUUGUCUUUGAGUUCCCUAGACCCACCAUGCCCAAUGUGGUGUACAUUGGGGGCUUCCAGUGCAAGGAAGCCCAACCACUCCCUGAUGAGUUUGAAACAUUCGUCCAAAGUUCUGGGGAACACGGGGUGGUGGUCAUGUCUUUGGGAACACUGGUAUCAGCGCUUCCCCGUGAAACCACCGAGGCCAUUGCUGCUGUUUUUGCUCAGCUCCCUCAGAAGGUGAUUUGGCGUUUUGUUGGGGAAAAGCCUUCUUCACUCGGAAAUAACACUCGUAUUGUCAACUGGUUACCCCAGAAUGAUCUCUUGGGUCACCCUAAGACUCGUGCCUUUGUUGCUCAUGGAGGAACCAAUGGUGUGUAUGAGGCCAUUUAUCACGGUGUUCCUGUUCUGGGUCUACCGCUCCUCUUUGAUCAGUUUGAUAACCUUCUCCGGUUGGAGGUGCGCGGUGCAGCUCGUGUUGUGGAAGUCAGAUCACUGAACAAGGAAAACUUCCAUGAAGCUCUAAAUGAUAUCCUCAACAAUCCUACCUACCGCAAUAAUAUUCAGCGCCUCUCUCAACUCCAUCGUGACCGGCUAAUAUCCCCUUUGGAAACAGCCAUCUUCUGGAUCGAGUACGUCAUCAGAAACAGAGGGGCGGCUCACCUACAAUCAAGAGGCUUUGACCUGCCUUGGUACUCCUACUUCUGCCUGGACGUGGCUGCUUUCUUUGUGACUAUAAGUGGAGCCUUCAUCUGGGUCUCAGUCUCAGUUUGUAGGUUUCUCUGCUGCAGGAAGUCCAGGAGAAAGACGAAAGCAGAGUAACAACUGGAAAAGAGAUUCUUGAUGAUUCUUCUUUAUGAAUUUAAAAUGUCUGACUUAUUUAUAUGCAAGUCUACCAAUAUUAUAGGACGUUGAUCAAAUUAUGAACUGCUGUGAAUGAACAAUUCCUUACUGAUUUAAAAGCAACCAACAACUUACAUGUUUAAUUAAACCUUGAAGACUUUCUGUUUAGUCAAAGUGUAGAAGGGGGUUUCCAUGUAAAUAAAGUAAUUCACCAAUGUUCUCAAUAUUUUAAUCAGCAGAUCGUUGAGUUACAUGAUUCAUGAACUCACCAAUAAACUCAAUCUUCAUUCACAUUAAAUUACAAGACCUUAUUAGGUUUACAGGAUAAAUAAACAUGAAACUGAAUGGAAA